AUGGCAAAACGGGUGAUUCACGAGUUGAUGCCAAAGUUUACCGAGAAGGUCAUCGACCUAGUGGAGGACCGGUGCUUCAAAUUUGAGAAGCAGUCCAAGGGACUCGACGAGCGUCUUCUACAGGCCACACGGGAGCAUGAGCAUGACUUCAUCAUUGCAAUGCUCAGAAGAGCCGUGUCAUUCGUAAUGCUGGAUGUCUUCCUUGAGAAGCUGGAGGUGGAGAAUGCUGAGCUGCUGUAUGUUCAAUAUCCAUCCAUGGUGGAAGUUUACGAGAGCAUUCAAGACGAUUCUGUCGACCAUGAUGAGCUGGACGACGUUCCCAGGACAGGCCACGGGAAGCUUGGGAUGCUUGGGCAGUGA